AUGUCAUUCGCGGGCGUAUCCUUGAUCCGCGACGGGAAACUAUGGCCAUCCGCACCGGCCAUCAGCGACGCCGGCUCCGCCAGUGGGUACCACCUGCUCGUGGUCGAAGGCUACUCGCACGCCAAUGCCGAGGUCCCCAAAGGCGGUUGCAUCACGCCUCACCGUUUCAGAGUCGGAGGGUAUCUUUGGUAUCUCACGUACUACCCCAACGGCAUCUUGGGCAUCGCAAAUCUAAUCCACGGUGGUCUCGCUCUUGAUCAGCAUGUUGCAGAGCCUGUGAAGGCGCAAUUCAAGUUUAGCUUCAUUAACCAGGCCGAUGAGCAGGGGCCAUCACGCAUUCGUGCAGGCCAUGUAUAUGAAUUCCCUUCCAACGACUGGCAACUCAGCAAUCUCCUGAGGAUGAAGAAUUCGGAACACCUCAAGGAUGGCAGCUUCACCAUCCGGUGCGACGUCGUCGUCGUUGGGGACGCCGACGCCAAGGCCGCCAGCGGCUAUGCCAGCGUCGGUGUCAGCGUCGCUUCACCGUUCGUCACGGUGCCUCCGCCCGACAUGCAGCGUCACUUCACCGAUUUCUUCAUGGCCAAGGAAGGCACCGACGUGACAUUCAAGGUCAGCGGCGAGACGUUCGCCGCGCACCGGUGCAUCCUCGCGGCCCGGUCUAAGGUCUUCAAGGCCGAGCUUCUCGGUCCGAUGAAGGAGGGGACGGACACUAACGGCACCAUACUCGUAGAGGACAUGGAGGCUCAAGUUUUCAGCGCGAUGCUUACGUUCAUUUACAGUGACUCGGAGCCAGAAGACGAAGGAGCUGUGAUUUGGCAGCACCUGCUCAUGGCGGCGGAUAGGUUUGAUCUCCAGCGGCUGAAACUCAUGUGUGAAGAUAAGCUGUGUGGGUUCAUCGACGUGAACACCGCGGCGACCAUCCUGGCUCUAGCCGAGCGCCACCUUUCUGACGGGUUGAAGAAAGCGUGCUACGAUUUUCUGGGCGCUCCGAGCAUGCUGAAGGCUGUCGCGGCCACUGAUGGCUUCGAUCAUCUGAUCACGAGCUGCCCCUCUGUCAUGAAGGAGUUGAUCGCCAUGGUUGCACCAUAG